AUGGCAGCCCCGAAAGGUGUCCGAGCGAAGAAAGGACGGAUAGAAGGAGAAAUCGAGAAACUGCGAAGUGAGGGGAAUUGGAGCAAAGCGGUGGAGGUGAUCUCUCCUCACAAAAAUGACUCAGCUUUGUCCUAUUUGUAUUCUCUAGUUAUGUGUGAAAGCAAGUUGGAGAACUUUGAGCAUAGCUUUUUAUCGGAUGAAGAUCUCGGACAAUGCGAACGCUAUCUGAACGAGGCUUUGAAAACGCCAGAUGAUCAGUACAAGUCCGAGGCAACGAUUUUACACGGAAAGAUAUUAUACCUCCAGAAAAGCUUCACGGCAUCUCUGGAGGUGUUGGGGAAGCUUAAACUUAAUUUGGUUAAACUCGAACAGUAUAAUUCACGCUUUGGACGGCUCCUUGCAGAGGGACUCGCUAUCAUGGGACUAUGUACCGAAGAGUUGGCCCAAAUGACAAGACGACCGUUGACGGAUGUUGAAAAAGCGACCGCAUUAUCAUGUUACAAUCUAUGCGGGGACAUAUCCGUGCGCCAUUUUCAAGAGCUGUACCAGCUGACGCCAGAUAUUUCCACAAAUUCUAUCAGCUUUCCGAAGGUUGUGCUCAAUGCCAUACAGCGGCUUAUAGCAUUGACAUGUCAGUCCGGUGUUGUGUUCGACGCCGUCGCUCUGUUUCGCCGAUUCAUGCGCUACUCUGAGACUCCGUCAACCAGAAUCCUUCGACAGUCUUUGGCGUUUCAGUUUGCAGAGCUUCUGCUGCGGGGACUGUGCACGAAAAUGUACCGUAAACAUGAUUUAACGGCAGAAAAUGCCGAAGCGAAGCAAAAGCAAAUUGUGCCAUAUCGCUACCCACCAGGACGGAUGGUUCCAGACACCUUGUAUCGUGAAGCGAUACUGAUGUUGCUCAUCUCAGAACACAUCGCCAGUCAGGAGGUCGUUCUCAAUCGCCCAUCCGAAAUGUCCGAUAUGAGGAUCAUGCAGUCGAUAAACAAUAUGUGUGCCGUUUAUGAUUUGUUGGCUAUCGCACUGUCAAGGACGGGGAAUUACGGAUUUUUGUCCAAGACUUUGGAAAAAUCCCUCAAGUUUUCUUAUGGUGAAUUCCAUACGUGGUAUCAGUUCGGACUGUCUCUCAUCAGUGCAAGAAAGUAUUAUCGGGCGUACUUGGUUCUGCGAGAAUGUCUGCGCCUCGAUCCUAACAGGUUGGCACUCUAUUUCCUUACAACCUCGCUCUGUUUGCAAUAUCUGGGGUUCAUUGAAGAUGGACUUGAGCUCGCCACACAGGCUGUGGAGAUUGCAUGCAAGCAGGAAGAUCGCGUUAUGUCGGCCCGCGCUCACCUCAUGCUCGGAUGGGCCUAUUCGCUUCUAGCGCGAAAGUGCCGAUUGUUAGAAAGAAAACGGGGACUUCACGCUCAAGCCACUGCGGAGUAUAGGAGUGCAACACAACUCGAUCCCGAUGACUAUCUCUCCUGGUAUCACCUUGGGGUGGAACUCGCAACUCAAAGACAGCUGGAAGAAGCCCUGGUAGCCUGCCAGAACGGUUUUCGGCUCAUGCCUAGCCACAGCGGUACACUCUGCCUUCUUGCAUUGCUGCACACAUGUGGAGGAAAGCGCAUGGAUCAAGCGUCGAAGGUCUUGCGUGCUGGCUUGGCCGAGAGUCCAAAUGACUUUUUACUUUUGUUCCUGCUGGCCAAAGUAGAGGCGGUCCGGAGCAACACUAAAGCCGGUCUGCUGAUGUACAGGCGUUUGUUGGAAGUAUGGCGUGACUGCUUUGCUCCAGAAUCAGAAAACGGAUACCUAAACCGUAUACCUGGCUCACGAGGUUAUUCUUCACCAACUCUAACAACCAGCGAUGAGCUUACAUCAUCCGGCCCUCUAACGACUACAUCACCUAUGUUUGAGGUGGAAACUGAGGCGACUCUCCCACCAAUGUUGCUGGAAGUGCAACAGUUAUCCAACACAUUGACGAACCUUGCAAAUGGCCAACCUGGACAAACUGGGGCCUCAAUUUCUCCCCUACAAAAACUUCGUCGUGAUGUUCCCGCAGUUCCACCAGCCCUACGAUUACAAGCGAAAAUUUAUCACGGCUUGGCCGAGCUUUAUAUGGACAACGGUCAGCUGAGCGAGGCAAAGGAGGCAUUGGACGAAGCUACAAAGAUAACCGGUCUUGACAUGGAAACUUUAUACCUGCGUGGCCUCCUGACUGACAGACAAGGGAUCUUAUCAAAGGCUCGUUCAAUCUAUGAAAGUGUUAUAGCCAUUCAGCCCGAUCACCUGGCGGCACACCUGGCUCUGGCUGACUUACUGAAACGGACUGAUCAAGCCGUUCUGGCUGAACGCGUAAUUCGGGAUGCAAUGUACAUCGACCCCACCAGUUGCCAGGUCUGGCACCUUCUCGCGGAAGUACUUGCUCUACCUAGUGCAUCAGAACCCCCUUCGGACUCGGUUAUUACAAAAGCUCUUUCUAAUGCCAUCGAACUGCAGCAGACCGAACCAUUAGAGCAAUUCUACAAGCUGCCCAUUGGACUGCCCUACCAGAAUGUACUUGGUUCGAACUUAACCCCUGCAUCUCGACUGCUGCUGUCUAGGCUUAAGCAACUUGGCAGUAUCCCGGCCCUCGUGCUUCCUUUGGGCGGCAUGGCAGCUAGACAACGAAAGGGUACUACAGCUGAACCACUGUCAUCAUCAUUGUCAGCUGUAAUAACCGCGCACUCGUUGUACAAUAUGGCUGCCAACCGAUGUCAGUGGCGUUCUUGUUGUCAGUUUGUCAGUUGUCCAGAUUGCCUGAGUGAAUGUCUGGAGGUGCUUUCAAAUAAGUCAUGGUUGUACGGCAGUGAAGCAUCGGUGUUGAACACUGAUGUCAUGCUGUCGAUGAUGAUGAUGAUUCGAGGCUAA